UCUCGAAGCUUAAACGGUGCUCGAAUUCGGUUCUCGGCGAGAGUCUGAACCACGCCAACACCAUCUUUUAGCGGCAUAGCUUAAGAGCUCCCGGCAACAUGGCGGCACAAGCGAUCAAGAGCGCCCUUCCCUCGCACCUCAAGCCCGGGAACGGCAACGGCGAUGACUCCGAGUUUGCCAAGAGACAUCACGGCAAGACAAGAUCGCACAUGGCUUUUGAGAACACCUCAACCAACAUCGCGGCCGCUCAAAUGCGCAAUGCGCUUACGAACCUCGCCGAAACAGUGAAGGACCCGGAGCAGAAGAAGCUGUUUGAGACGGAGAUGGACAACUUUUUCUCGCUCUUCCGCCGGUAUCUCAAUGACAAGGCGAAGGGCAACGAGGUUAACUGGGACCGCAUUGCGCCUCCUGCCGAGGGCCAAGUUGUGGACUACGAGUCUCUUGCGAACUCUGAAUCCGUCAGCUUCCUCAACAAGCUGGCUGUGCUCAAGCUGAACGGUGGUCUCGGUACCUCCAUGGGCUGCGUCGGUCCCAAGUCGGUCAUCGAAGUCCGCGACGGCAUGUCCUUCCUCGACAUGUCGGUUCGACAGGUUGAGUACCUCAACCGCACCUACGGCUCCAAUGUGCCCAUUGUCCUCAUGAACUCGUUCAACACCGACGAGGAUACCGCGGCCAUCAUUAAGAAGUACGAGGGUCAUAAUGUGGACAUCCUCACCUUCAACCAGUCGCGGUACCCCAGGAUCUAUAAGGACUCGCUCCUGCCGGUACCCAAGUCAUUCGACUCUGCUCUUCAUGACUGGUACCCCCCAGGACACGGUGACGUGUUCGAGUCGCUGUACAACUCGGGCAUUCUGGACAAGCUCCUUGACCGCGGCAUCGAGAUCAUCUUCCUCUCCAACGCUGACAACCUUGGCGCCGUUGUCGAUCUGCGCAUCCUGCAGCACAUGGUGGAGAGCGAGGCCGAGUACAUCAUGGAGCUGACCAACAAGACCAAGGCCGACGUUAAGGGUGGCACCAUCAUCGACUACGAGGGCAGCGUGCGUCUCCUCGAGAUCGCCCAGGUCCCCAAGGAGCACGUCAACGAGUUCAAGUCGAUCAAGAAGUUCAAGUACUUCAACACCAACAACAUCUGGAUGAACCUGAAGGCCAUCAAGCGCGUGGUGGAGAACGACGAGCUCGAGAUGGAGAUCAUCCCCAACGGCAAGACCAUCCCCGGCGACAAAAAGGGGGAGUCGGACAUCAGCAUUCUCCAGCUCGAGACGGCCGUUGGUGCUGCCAUCAAGCACUUCAAGAACGCGCAUGGCGUUAACGUACCCCGUCGCCGCUUCCUGCCCGUCAAGACGUGCUCGGACCUGAUGCUCGUCAAGUCGGAUCUGUACACUGUUAAGCACGGCCAGCUGCAGAUGAGCGCCAGCCGAUUCGGCGACGCGCCUCUCAUCAAGCUCGGUAGCGACUUCAAGAAGGUUUCUGACUUCCAGAAGCGCAUCCCGAGUAUCCCCAAGAUCAUCGAGCUUGACCACCUGACCAUCACGGGCGCCGUCAACCUCGGCCGUGGGGUCACGCUCAAGGGCACCGUCAUCAUUGUCGCUACGGAGGGCCAGACCAUCGAUAUCCCGCCUGGAUCCAUCCUGGAGAAUGUGGUUGUCCAGGGCAGCUUGCGCUUGCUUGAGCACUAAAGGACGGGCGACUCUAGCGUAGCACAAGGCGGUCUUUGCUUCUUGUUGGGAUUCUCUGUGCUCUUGUGGGUUGCACUGUUACUUCAAUCGAGUUUAUAAUACACAGCUUUGCAUAUGC